UCGACAGAGCCUAAAGCAGAGCGAGACGACGACACUCACUACUUCUCUAGUUACGCUCACGAAGGUAUCCAUUGGACGAUGAUUCAGGAUCAAGUACGCACCGACUCAUACAGGCAUUUCAUCACCUCCAAUCCAGACCUAUUUCAUAACAAGCGAGUCAUGGACAUCGGAUGUGGAACAGGAAUUUUAUCAUUCUUUGCUGCUCAAGCUGGAGCUAAAAAAGUAUAUGCAGUUGAUGCAAGUCAGAUCGCCAAGAAUGCAGUUAUGAAUAUGAAAGCCAACGGAAUUUCGGAUGUUGUAAAGGUCUUGAACAAAAAGGUUGAAACUUUAGAUAUUGAACGUGAUUUAGAUGGUGAAAAGGUCGAUAUCAUCAUUUCAGAGUGGAUGGGUUAUGCAUGCUUGUAUGAAGUCUUUUUACCUUCAGUACUCAUAGCACGAGAUCGAUUCUUACGGUCAGUCGAUUCCGGAGGUCUCAUGGCACCCUCUCAAUGUUCGAUCUUGAUGGCUGGCUGGAGUGAUGAGACUUGGCUGAAAGAAAAAGUAUCUUGGUGGGAUGAAAAUAAAUAUGGAUUUAAGAUGCGCGAGUCGAUGACGAAACGCAUGUAUGAAGAGGGUCUCAUCGAGGACUUUCCAUCUGACGGUAUUUUGACUCAAUCUACCUGUCUACGAGAUGUGCACACAGCCACAAUGUCAUCUGAGCUCAAGGACUGUAUCUCGUUCGCUAAGCCGUUUACCCUCCGGUUUCGUGAUCAAUUGAAAGCAAAUCAAAAGUUCAAUGGUUUCUUGAUCUGGUUUGAUACCUUUUUUACUACUGAUGGCCGACUUGUUGAAGGCCUUGCCCUGGAAGAUGACCAUAAUUGGACGAAAAGUGAAGGUGAAGUUGGAUUUUCGACUAGUGCUAGAGCCACCUCAACACAUUGGCAUCAAACUUUACUUUUAUUGAAACAACCAUUUGAUGUCACAGCCGACACUGAGCUAGAGGGGGUCACAACAUGGUCCGUCCAGCCCGACAACGGACGUGAACUCGAAAUCAGCAUGAUGUGGCGAGUU